AGAGUUGAAUUCCCAUGACUCCAUAUUUUCCGAUUCCAUUUUGGGAAACUAUUAAAUGUCAAUCAACCCCUUCGCAUCCGUGAAUUUUCCUGGGAUUUUCCGACCCUUUCUUCUCUGAUCUCAUGCCUUUCACUUACUCUUAGCAAAAAGGAGGAAAAAUAUAACUAUGGACAGACGCCGCCGGAAGCAAGCCAAGACCCACAGUUCAUGCUGCUCAGAGGAGGUCAGCAGCAUUGAAUGGGAAUUCAUAAACAUGACAGAACAAGAGGAAGAUCUCAUCUAUAGAAUGUACAAGCUGGUGGGAGACAGGUGGGCUUUGAUCGCCGGCAGGAUUCCGGGCCGGAAAGCUGAAGAAAUCGAGAGGUUUUGGAUAAUGAGACAUGGAGAAGGAUUUGCAAGUAGAAGAAAAGAGCUCAAGAGAUACAAAUUCUAAUGUUCUCUCUGUGUCUCUGUGUCUGUGUCUCUCUCUUUGCCAUUUUCUAUUGUAUGUCUCUCUCUUUUUUUGUAUUCUUUUUUUUUUUUUUUAGCCCUUUUAAGAUUUACCUAGUUUUGAAUUGAAAUGAGGUUGGUUGAGACUUCUCUGUUGAUUGUCUGACUUUGGUUUUCAUUUAUGAGGCUUAACCUUUGAGCUUGCAUAAAAUGAAGGUGGGUGAGACACCAUCUCUCUCUC